UUAGGUUGGGUUGGGCAGAGUUGCCGGAGAAAACUGGUUCACAUUCUGCCGCACUCAGUUCUCUGGCGGAUGAUUAAUGAUGUUGUUGUAAAAGUGUGCUAUUAUUUGCUUCCUCCCCUUCGCUAUUUGCUUUACAUGUGUUACUGCUACUUAUUAUAACAUUCCUCCCCUUCGCUAUUUGCUUUACAUGUGUUACUGCUACUUAUUAUAACAUAUCAAAGAAAGCUCCGAUAGUAAAACUGUGCUGAUUUUAAAAAAUUAUUUAGCAAACCUUAAGGACUAGUUAAUAAGUUAGUUUAAACAUUUGGGAAUUGUAUUCUCAGAAAAUGGAUGUAUUAGUCAUGAAAGUUGAAUUAACCUGAUGAACAAGAGGUAAGAUGCUAUAAUAAUAUUUGCUUAUACCAUUAACAAAUAAUUUUAAUAAUGAUAUUUCUUUAUUAUGCAUAUAUAUUAUCUGGUUAGUGAGAAAGUUUCCGGUGAGUAAAAAUUGAUCCACUCGCGUAUUUAUAUGACUACUCUGUUUUGUAUUGAAGGAAAAUCAAGUCUUAAAAGAACGAAAAAAGCACAUCAACUGCCCCUAUUUCUCUUCCAAAUAAAGAGGCUGGUUUGCGCGUAUGGGCUACCUGCGCCUUUCCAGGUUUUCUGAUGAUCAUUUUAAGCUUUCCGUCGAUUAAACGAUUGCUAACUACCGGUGAGCGUAAUUUAGAUAUUCAAUUAUUUUUAUUUAAUCUUAUUUAAUUUAUUAGUGGCAGUCUUUAGUAAUCUGAGGGAUGUAUAUAGAAUUAAAUUACUAAUCACAACCAUUAAAUUAAAUAAAAAUAAAUAACUUUGGUUCAAUAUUUAAAGGGAAAACUGUUAAAUAAGUCCUCGUACUAUCAAAAAUAAAAAAGGAUCUUUCAAUAUUGCAUAGGCAAUAUUGAUCUCAUUUGAAAGAUCAUGAAAAAUAAAAAAUGUUGAUAUAAAUUUUAUAAAAAUCGGAUCAAAAAUAAAAAAGUUAUUAUCAUUUUUUAACAACAAAAGCAAAAAAAAAAAAAAACAGGCAUAAGCUGCGUCGUUUUGCAACCGGGCACACCAACCUCAUGGUGCACCAAUUGCACGGUAUAAUCUGCCCGGUGCAUGGACAUCGGUUUUUGAAAAAUAUGUAACUAUAUUUAGCGUAACAAGUAUUAUUAUUAUGGAGUAUUAGUUUUUUUGACUUUGUAUAAAACUAAGGUAUGAGUAAACUUUUUAUAAUGACUAGCUUCACCGCUUUCACGGUCCCUUACCUCAGAACCCCGACUUUGGCUUGGCUCUACGAGUUAGUAUACACCGUUUGGCCCUACCACUUGAAGGGUUUUUUGGAGGAUCAUAGUUCCGCAUGUGCUAGUGAGACUCGAACACGAGACCUCUUCUAUGCAGAGGUAAUCUCACAACCAGCUAGAUCAGAUGAUCCGGUUAAAACUAAGGGAGUACUUCGUGGAUACUUUUCUUUAACUUUGGCCCUAGAAAUUAUUAUGACCAAGGGAGUACCGGCGGAGUUAAGAGGACCAAUUUAGGUUCUACCUCAUCCCAAUUCUAAAAGUUUUUUAAAAAAGGUGACAAUUCCAGUAAUCAGGUAUCAUAGAAUCUACCUAAAAAAAUUGUGUAAAAAGAUCUUUUUCAAAAUUCUUUGUGCCUACCGAGGUCAAUAUAUUGCUUUAGCUACGCCACUAAUUAUAACUAUCACGUGCUAUUGCAUCAUUUAAUUUAUUAUUUUUAUAAAUAAUAAGAAGUAUUUUUUCAUAUUAACUCAUACUCCGUAUUUAAGAUACUUGAUCGUUAGGACUUUUUUUUUCUAAUAGUCAUUCAAAAUAAGCAUAUGUUUAUACCUACUUUCAAUGUAAGUAAUUGCUCAAAACGUACACAUACUCCCUUCAUUUCUCAAACUUUAGUCAAAUUCUUUUUUUAGUUGUCCCAUAAAAGUUUACUGUUUUCAUGCAAAGUAAUAUAUUUGUAAGUAGUAUUUUUCUUUUAUACAAAUCUCAAAUACACGAUUUUUUAUCAAUACACAUGCAAAUCAAAUUUAGCCAAUUUUAAUGGAAUGAAGGGGGUAUUAUUGUCAUGUGCAUCACAGAGGAACAAUACUAGUUUGUAUAUGAAUACAUAAACUAUGAAUAUGAGAUUUGUUUAUAAUUUUCAAAAAGAAACCAAGCACACAAUUAUUUAGUUUUCUCAUGUCUCUUCAAAAAGAAACCAAGCACACAAUCACUUAGUUUUCUCAUGUCUCUUCAAAGAUGUGCUUAGACGAUGGUUGAUUUCUCUAACAGCGAGGAAAACAUGGGUUAUAAUAAUGUAUUUAUAUAAGGAUUACUAUGUAAUUUCCUAAACUGUGUUUAGUAUAAAUAUUACCUCAUGACAUUCAAUCGGGUACGUCAUUAUUUCCCAAAAUUAUUGUUUUGUAUAUGGUAUCGGACGCUUAGGUAUUUUUCCUCAUGGCCGUCCAACCUAACCCUACCGCCGCCGCCAGUACGGCGCCCGUCACGGCGGCGUAGCCCGUCUUCUCUGGCGUUUCUCCCAUAUCUACCGCAGCGCUCACUAGUGACUCAACGGCUGGUUCGAGCAGCACAUCGGCGCCCUUCCCGCAGAUAUCAACGCCGACCGGUCCUUUCUCUACCGCGCAAAUACGCUCGCCGCUGCCGGUCUCUUUAUCGCAGCGCUCCCACGGAGUUCCAACGCUCGAUUCCUAUCGGUUAUUCAACAUGCCCGAGUCAUUCACAUGGGCACCGUCAGUUUCCAUGGUCGCAACACUCCCACCGCCUCCAGUGUUCCGGGACCCGGGCAGAUCAUCCAUCAUCUUUUCUUGCCCGACUUUUUCUGGACAGCCCAGCGUGGCUCCACUGCAGCAGCCUGUGAUUUCCUCCAUGACAAGUUUUAAUUCUCCAACCAGUUAUCUAUCUUCCCUGGCAUCGCAAUUGGUUUUCUCUACAACGAAUGUAAAUAAUAUUGUGACUACCCGUCUAUCUUCGGUAGAAGAUUAUUUGCCCUGAAGAACACAAUUUGAAUCAUUUUUAGUUUCUCAUAGUUUGUUGGGUAUUAUUGAUGGAUCUAUUCCGAUCCCAUCCACUACUACAUAUGAUUUGUCCAGACAGAAAAUUCCCAAUGCUGAUUAUCACCACUGGCUAAAAAUUAAUCAAAUUGUACGCUCUUGGCUUUUUGCUACGCUAGCUAGAGAUGUGUUAAUGGAAGUCUGUGGUUUAAAAUUUUCUCAUCUGAUAUGGGAUAGACUCCAGAAACGAUUCAUGUAUGGUUGUAUUUCUCGUUCCAUUGAGCUAAAGCGUUUAUUAUCUCAUGUAAAAAAGAAGGACCCCUGACUAUGGAUCAAUAUUUGUUAGAAAUUAAAAUCUUAGCCGACUCUCUAGCGUCCAUUAAUUCUCCUGUAAGUGCAUGUGAUUUGAUUGAAUAUGCUAUUAUUGGAUUGGGUCGUGGAUAUGAGUCACUCAUUACCACCAUCGACUACAUGUCGGGGAUUCCUACACUUGAAGACAUACGACCCAUUUUGCAAGCCCAGGAGCAGCACAAUUUAUUCCUCCAGGCUCAAGAAUCGGUCCCAGUUCCCCAGGCGUUUGCUGCACCUCAUGCAGGCUGAGGGGUGCUCCAGGUGGAGGGGGUGCUCCGCAGGGUCCUGGUCGAGGCUGAGGACAGAGAGGGGAAUGUGGUCGAGGGGGUAGAGGUCGAGGAGGCCGAAGGGGUUACUACCAGCAGCCCUAUGGUGCUUAUGGAGCCGCACCACAGCCACAUGGCGCUUACCAGAGACAGCCUGCUCCUCCACAACCGAGAGCACCCGCAUUUCCCGGGGUACCAGGUUUUCCAUCUGUGGGUCAGUCCUAUCAGUCUCCUUCCCCCAGUUGUUUGUCAGUUGUGUUUUUCUCCAUGUCACUCGGCGCUUCAAUGCUCCCGUUUCACAGCUUCACAUACCCCGACUCUGUCUGCCCUUCCUACAAGUGAAACCAAUGAUUUAGUCUGGUAUCCUGACUCGGGGGCUUCUACUCACAUGACUCCUCAUGAAGGUAUUCUUUCUUAUAAAACUCCUUAUACUGGCCCCAAUCAAAUGUGUGUUGCCAAUGGUACUAAAUUACCUAUUUCUCAUGUUGGUCACUUAAAG